AUGACUCCAAUUGUUGAAGAAACCAAAAAACCUCAGAGCAUGCCAACUGGUCCUCGAAAUGUGUUGCGUUCAAAUGACUCGGCAAGUCUUUGGAAUUGUACACUUUCCCCAGGUUGGUCCCGAGAAGAAUGCGACAUUUUACGGAAAGCUCUCAUGAAAUAUGGAAUUGGAAAUUGGGCACAAAUUAUUGGCUCAAAUUGUCUACCAGGAAAAACUAAUGCUCAAAUGAAUUUGCAAUUACAAAGAAUGUUGGGUCAGCAAAGUACAGCAGAUAGACCAUCACGUGAAGAAAUCAAACGCAGAAUUCAAAAAAAUAAGGAAUUAUUCGAGAUCCCGGAAGAAGAAUGGAACAAGAUAGAAUUACCAAAACCGGAAGAUGUAGCCCUAAAUGCAAAAUAUGAAGAGCUUCGUCGUUUGCAAGAUGAACUAGCAAAUGUACAAGCACAAAUAGUCGAAAUACGGAAAAAGAAACACGAAGAGAGUCAAGAGAUAAUAACAAACGAGUUAAACGAGUCAUCAUCUAUAAAAGAAGAAGUCAACUCUGACAAUGUAAAGCAAAGGAGGUCAACACGUAAAAGUAAAAAGACAAGGCGUUCAUAG